AUGGAAUCUUCCCCUUACAUUGUCAAUAGGUCCACUGCUACUUUCAUCCACAGAAUGUGGGCACAGGUGUUCCCUCACAAGCAAUCACACGUCUUCGAAUACCCUGAUUCAUCUCUGGCCAGGGCACAGAUUCACAGACAGCUCCUGGUCAAUUCUUGUGUCCCUGAUUCCUUCUGCAGCCUCCCCAGCACAGAAUUGGAGGAUUACUGGGAACUGGAACACCCAGACAGCAGUCACAUCCCCUGCCACUCCUAUGACAAGAAAUGCAUCGCCAAACACUACGCUCGGAUUCGUGAGAAAACUCACAACAAUGGGAGGUCAAAGAACAACCACAUCCGUGAUGAACCGCGAAUAAUGGGACCGUGUCACGGACAGCUGCAGCGAGCGCUUGAGAGGUUUGCGAUGUCACUGAGUCAGACACAUGAAAACCUGUACCAUAUUCCCAUCCCAAACUGUGACAGAAAAGGAUUUUAUCAUCCAAAGCAGUGUCACCCCUCGCUGGAUGGAGAAAGGGGCAAAUGCUGGUGUGUCGAACCGAAAACAGGGGUGAAGCUGAUUGGCUCUCCAGAGGUGAAGGGAGACAUUGACUGUCAGCAGUUUCUCCUGGAGCAGGAGAAGGACUGAGCAGCUGCUUCCAACAGAAAGAUGCUUCACUGUUCUUUCCAAAAAAAUCCACUGUUCUUUCUGAUGUUAUCUUUGUAAGAUGGAGAGGGAACUCCCACAAGUUGAGUCAGUGUGUUCUGUGAGAUGCAGGAGUGUGCAGUCAUUGCUCAUUCAAACCUCACUGAAUCAGUGCUCAGUUACAUUGACAAUCACAGAAUCCUUUUAAGCUUUUGUCUGCUCCUUAUAGAAGUGUUUCUGUUGUCUAACGUCUUCCAAUUUUGAUAUCUUUCUGAUGUUCCUGUUGCCUGUUCCUGUGGGUUUGCCACAUUCUCCAAUCUCUCACUCCAAGUAGGUCCCAUCGUGAACACCCACAGCAAGUGGCCAUUCUCCCUGUGGUCAGACUGUAGUCAGAUAAUUAGUGAGUGUCAGGUCACAGGGAGUAAGGACCAUGAGGGAAAGUCAAUGUCGCUUGUGUGCCAUUCUAGCCUAAAGGUGUUAAAGGUCUUUCAGUCUAACUCUCUGAGCAGACUGAACCAAACUCUUUAACUUACAACAACCAAACAAACUAGUUGUGUCCUUCCAGUGCACCUGGUGCUAAACAGUCUCACCCUAGCCUGUGAGAAAGGGUAUUGAAAUAUUGGGGAUAGGGGAGAAAUGCAUGAAUCAGUAUUAAAUCCUACAAGGUGCCAAUAGGGCACUGACACUCCAAAAAAAAAUGCAUCCACAUCUCACUUAGUGCCUCAUUCUGUCUCGAUGAGAAGCCCAGAAACCUGUUUCUUGCAGGAGUCUGUUUGAUAUUCACUCAUGGCCAAUGGAAGUUUGAUCCAAUGUUGAAGGGGUUUGUAUGUCCAUUGAUAUUUGGAAUGGGAUGACCACCAGGUGACCCUUAAAGAGCCCGCCCUUCCUUCCUUAUGACUCUCCUUUUGGCUAUUAUUCUGCACCUAGCCUUAGUCCUUCUAAUGGCACCCAAUGGGUUACUUGGACAGGAUCUCCCAAAGACAUGAAUACCUCACUCACUCAGCCUCUGUCCACUUGCAGCUCCUGUGGCUUCUCAAUUGAGUUUUAUAAAUCUCUUGGGAAAGGUGGCAGAUGGGAUAUUGAGGGGGUAGUCACUGAGCCGUUGGGGCAGAUUGCUGGAGGAAGAUGGUUGGCUGUUAUCGCUGCUGCAGAGAUCAUUAAUUCCUGAGCAACAGGGAGAGGAGGAAUUUAAAAUUGUGCAAAGGUGAAUGUUUCUGUGCCUUCAGAAGUCACUGAUAAUGUCACUGAACAAAUAAACUAGAGACCCAGAGAAUGGUUUGACAACAUAGGUUCAAGUCCCACCACAGAAACUCGUAGAAUUUUAAUUCAUUUAAAAUCAGGAAUUGAAAGCUAGUCUCAAUCCUACUGGCCCUAAAGCUAUCAUUGAUUGUUAGAAAAACCCACCUAAUUCACUAAUCUCCUUUAGGGAUGAAAAUCUGCUAUCCUUACCUGGUCUGGCCUACAUAUGACUCCAGAGCCACAGCAAUGUGAUUGAUUGUGUAACUGCCAUCUGGGAGAACAAUAAGAGAGAGCGUGUGGACACAGUCAGGGGCUGUGAGUGACAGCCUCAUCAAUAAUGAUCCGUCCCAUGGAAGAAUGAAAGGAGUAAUCUCUGUGUUUGCAAUUUCUUUUCAGGAAGUGAGGGUCUGCCAGUGAGACAUGAGGCAGCUUCAGCAUCAUUGGGGUGGAUGGUCUUCUCCUGCCCCUGAGUGUGUCCCCAAGCUGUCUGGGUGACUGCUGGCUAGGAACACAAGAUGUGGCAGCUGGUUUGAGGGCUUGUGGCCUGAGAGAGACGAUCAAACUCUCCAUGUUCCACACUCACCAUGGAUUAUUCAAUGUUCCAGUAGUUCUACUGGUGCCUAUACAUUUCAGUAUUGGAAGUAUCAAUCAUUGAGAUUGAUUAUCUACAUUUCCCCAUUUAUUAGAUCUACCUUUCCAUCUGGCCAACUGGCAGAUACUAACCAAAGUCAAGAUUAGAGUGGUGCUGGAAAAGCACAGCAGGUCAGGUAGCAUCUGAGGAGCAGGAAAAUCGACGUUUCGGGCAAAAGCCCUUCAUCAGUGUGCUUUUCCAGCACCACUCUAACCUUGACUCUGAUCUCCAGCAUCUGCAGUCCUCCCUUUCACCUAGAUACUAACCAAAGCCCAGUCUGGAAUGGUUGAAGCAGAGAGCAGGAGACGGGUGGGAAAAGAUAUUCUGGUCUGAUUAUAAACAGCAGCAUUUGGGACUGUUCCUAUACCAUUAUAAUUGUUAGAGUUAGUGGAUAAUAAAACCUCCUCUGCCCCAAACUGGGACAUUGAACCAUUCUCUUCACUUGGGUGAUUGGCUCAGUUUGUCUUCAGCUGAUCAACUGGGACAGUCCACCUCCCCAGGGUUUGGGUUCAGGGUUUCUGUUCCUGAAACAGGGAGGAGGUUGCUUCAGCCAAAGAAUACAUUUUCUGGGUUGUAUUAUUUCCCCAGAAUGAGGUUGGAUCUCUGUUGUGAGACCCUCUGCUUAUAUUGGUAUGUCAGACUGUAGGACAGUUUAGAAUGUCUGCUGGACAGUUGGACGUUGAGUUCGUUUUGUUAAAAGGGAGAGAUACUGCUUCCUAUCCAACAGCAGCCGAUAACCUGAAGCUGUCAGAUAAUGCAGGGGAAAGGCUCGUGUCACAGGUUAGAAACCAAGCCAGAUCCAACCUCAGACUAACUUGUGGUGGAGGAUGUCAAUCUGUUUAGUGACUCGGUCACCUAGAAACUGUUGGCGAGAUUGGGCUUUGAACCAAGCACACAAAGAAAGGGAGAGCAAGUGAUGGAGCUGCAGGAGUAACUAUCCUCUCAGUCCCAGUUACAACAGCACUUCACCAGGAAAUGGAGAGCUCCCCUCAAAUUGAUUGCAGCUGAACGUAAUUCUGGAUGCUUUCAAUAGUAGACAUUGAGGGCCCCUCUUGUGAUGCAGUGGUAGUGUCCCUACCCCUGAAGCAGGAGGCCUGGGUUCAAGUCCCACCUGCUGCAGUGGUGUGUAAGACCAUCUCUCAAUUGGUUACUUAGAAAAAGAGAAUAAUAGUGAACAUAGAAGCAGGAAUAAUUCUCCCUGAGCUCUUUCCACGCUGCCUGUCAAUGUCUGGGCUCCCCUUGGUUACGAAACAUGAAUGCCACUCUGAGAGACUCAGUUCAGAACUGAAACUGCUGUCACUAGGCAAGGCUACAUGAGUAGGAAGGCUUUAGAGGGAUAUGGACUAAAUGUAGGCAAAUGUGACUGGGUCAGAUUGGGAGACCAAGCGCGUGCAGCAUCAGGGAGGUCCAGGUUGUCUGGGCUGUCAUACAAAGAUGCGCUAUAGCUACCUGUUGGAGCAUUCAGUGAGAAUGGUUCACCUUCCAGCCCCCUGCUCCCUGUCACAUGCUUCAUUUAAUGUCACCCUGUUGCAGUAGGGAGCCUCCUCAUUGGUCAUUGCUGUGCUCAGAGCUGGGUGACCUGUGACCUCAGUUACGAGGAGGUCACCAGUGGGAAGGCAGACACUGGCCAUUGGGAGCAGAUUCCCAGCUGAGGUCUGCACUGGUUCACAUUGUGCCAUUUCAAAUGCAGACCCUUCAGCGACUGUCACAUUAAUGUAGUGCCCAUCCAUCUCCCUCCUCAACAACUUCCUCAUGCUGAGACCCAGGUCAGACUGUAGCAGGAACCAUCAGCCAAUGUUCAACCAGAGGAAGGGGUUAGUACUGUCACUAUCUGAGCUGACAAUGAUCCCAGAUUCCGUUGAAGUUGAAGUUUACCUAAAGAAUUCCUGAGGAGCAGUGAGCAUUGUCACCUUAGAAUCCCUACAGCAUGGGAAGGAUCCAGUCUGCACAGACCCCUGAAGAGCAUUCUGCCCUAUCCCCAUAAUCCCACAUUUAACAUGGCCACUCCACUCUAAUCUGCACGUCCUUGGACUGUGGGUGGAAACCGGAGCAUCCAGAGGAAACCCUCACAGACACGGGGAGAAUGUGCAAACUCUACACAGACAGUCACCUAAGGGUAAGAAUUGAACUUGGGUCCCUGGCGCUGUGAGGCAGCAGUGCUAACCACUGAGCCACUGUAAUGCCAGACUGGGUGCCAAGUUUUUAGGACCCCAGUAGAACAGGACUCUGCUCACUCCUGGAGAGAUUUUUUUUAUUGCAAAGUAUACUUUGUUCAUAUAAAGUUGAUGUACAUGCACAGAUAUUAAAGCAGUUCUGUACAGGUUUUGCAUUUCAGGAAAAGCAAACAUUGAAAUCUGACACUCCCUGCGAAAACCAAAGGCAUUUCUUCCUUAUGCAGGACUAUACUGACAUACAUUUACAUUGGAGUUGGCGGGACAGUCUGGUAACUGAAUGGACCCUCAUUAUACUCUGACAGGAAGACCAUGGUCUUUCCCCAAUGCCCCUUGGCAGCAGCUGGCCCAGUUUUAGUGUGUCCCACAGCAUGUAGCCCUGAACCUUGGAAUGUGCCAGUCUGGAACACUGGAUCAGGGUCAACUCCUUGCUCUGGAAGACCCACAAGUGUCGGGCAGACCAAAAAAGUGUCUCUCACUGAGGUGAUGGUCCUCCAGGUGCAGUCCAAUUUUGUCUCAGUGUGCGGCCUGGGGACCAGACAGUAGAGCACAGAGUCCCACGUCACGGAGCUGCUCAGGACGAGCCUCAACACAAACCAUUGCAUCUUCCUCCAGACUCCCUUUGCUAAGGCACAUUUAGAUGGAGAUGUGUGACAGCUUCCCCCCAACCCCACAGCUGCUGCGGGGGCGGUGUGUGGUGGUACAGACCAACUGGGCAUACAUGAAGGAUCUGACAGACCACCGGCCAAGCGAUGACUUGGUGCUUGUUGGAAAGUUCUGGUGAUGAGACAUUCUGACUUUGACAGUCUGUCAGGAAACAACCCGACAGGACCCACCCUCCUUUUCCCACUACGUGUGGACCACUUCCUGAUGGACUGGUGGUCAAAGGUGUUUUCCUUCAUGGGUUUUUCCCCAAGGACAGGUGCCAUGGAAUGGUCCAACUACUUGCAGCGUUCCACAGCAAUGAGGCCAGUCCCAACUCCGGGGAGAGGUGGAACCAUCAUACACACUGACACUUGGUGUUGGUAUACUGAGGGUCUCUGCACAGUUUGACACUGCCACACAGAAAGGGGGCCGUCAGGAGAAUUGAGUUAACUGCCUUUGUAACAAGAUUAGACCCAGAAUGGAUGCCAUUCCUUCCACCUCUGCUCCUCUGCUCUUUCAAUCUCACCUCAUACUUGGUGUAAUGAAAUUCAGUUUGUUUAGUAUCAUUGGAUGGAGGACAGGCUCAAUAGUGACCUGUUUGUGACAGGAACUGGUGUGAGAAACAGGAAGGGCGAUCACAGGGCCCUGUGACUGUGAGCAAAGGGAGGAAUCCAAAUGUGAUGAUGUGACUUUCACUGGUACAGAUCCUGGAGACAGGUGACUACCAACACAGUUGACCUAUAUAUGAUAUUUACUGGUAACAAUCUUUAACACCCUGUGAUAUUCAGAAUCUUUUUUAAAAUACUAUGUUAGAGAGUGUGUGUGUUUUUUUUGCAAAAUAUUGGAAUGUAGUAAAUGCAAAUUCCAUUGGU